GUGAGGAAGAUGCUCCCGUUUAUCGUCGAGGGAGGAGCAUCACCUCCGUAUUGUUUAACGGAUUUGUUAAAUUCGUUAACAUUGAUAAAACAACCACAAUCAAAACUAUCAAUAUCACUUAAACAACUGAAACAACAACGACAACAACGACUAUUUAAAUUUUCAAUUAAUCGUUAUUAUAAUUGUGAUUAUAAAAUUAAAAAAAAUAUUAUCAAACCCAUUAAUUUAAUUAAUGUAAUCAUGUGUGGAAUCUUUUUAAUGGUGACGGUGAUCCUUGUGCCUGGAAUUUCAGCAGCAGCAGCAGCAGCAGUACCAGAAAAGAUUCCCAUUGGAGCAAUAUUUGAACAGGGGACUGAUGAAGUGCAGUCUGCAUUUAAAUACGCAAUAGCUAUUCACAAUCAGAAUAAUACGACUCGUCGCUUUGAUCUUCAAGCUUACGUUGAUGUAAUCAAUACUGCUGAUGCUUUCAAGCUUUCACGAUUGAUUUGCAAUCAAUUCAGUCGGGGUGUAUUUUCAAUGCUGGGUGCCGUCAGUCCGGAUUCAUUUGACACCCUUCAUUCCUACAGUAACACUUUUCAAAUGCCUUUUGUCACACCAUGGUUUCCUGAAAAGGUCCUGACACCGUCUUCGGGUUUCCUUGACUUUGCCAUAAGCAUGCGCCCGGAUUACCAUCGCGCCAUCAUCGACACGGUGCGACACUACGGAUGGAGGAAAAUCAUCUACCUCUACGACUCCCACGACGGUUUACUGAGACUCCAGCAAAUAUACCAGGGAUUACGUCCUGGAAAUGAAUCCUUUCAAGUGGAAACAGUAAAAAGGAUACAAAACAUGUCUGAUGCAAUAGACUUUCUACGAAAUUUAGAAGAAUUGAAUCGAUGGAGCUACAAGUACAUUGUGCUUGAUUGCCCGACAGACAUGGCCAAAGAUAUUGUUGUCAGUCAUGUUAGGGAUAUUGCUCUCGGUAAAAGAACUUAUCACUAUCUACUAAGCGGAUUGAUAAUGGACGAUCGUUGGGAAAGUGAAGUAAUUGAAUAUGGCGCUAUUAAUAUAACUGGGUUUCGUAUAGUAGACGCAAGUCGACGACCUGUCAAAGACUUCCUUGAUAGCUGGCGCCGUCUCGAUCCUAUGACCUUACCUGGUGCUGGUCGUGAUUCAAUUUCCGCACAAGCAGCGCUGAUGUACGAUGCAGUUUUGGUACUAGUCGAAGCGUUCAAUAAAUUUCUAAAGAAAAAAAUAGAUCGAAGUAAUCCGAAGCGUCCUGGAGUACAGGGCAGCAAUCAGCCAUCAAAUGUUUCGAGGCCGUUGGAUUGCAACACAAAUAAUGGUUGGGUUACGCCGUGGGAGCACGGAGACAAAAUAUCAAAAUUUCUUCGUAAAGCUGAAAUUGAAGGACUUACAGGACAAAUACGAUUUAAUAAUGACAGCCGUCGACAUAAUUACACUCUCCAUGUUGUUGAGAUGACUGUCAACAGCGCGAUGGUCAAGGUCGCCGAGUGGACUGAUGAGGGAGGAUUCCAACCAAUAGCCGCGAAAUAUGUUCGUCUACCGACUCAAGAGAUUGAAAAAAAUAAAACGUAUAUUGUGACAACAAUAGUGGAGGAGCCGUAUAUUAUGUAUAAGAAAACAGAUCCAGGGAAAAUGCUGAUGGGGAAUGAUCGAUUCGAAGGCUACUGUAAGGAUUUGGCGGAAUUAAUUACUGCCGAACUUGGAAUUAAGUAUGAAUUGAGAAUCGUUCAAGAUGGAAAAUAUGGUUCUGAAAAUCCGGAUAUACCAGGUGGUUGGGAUGGAAUGGUCGGCGAGCUUAUAAGAAAGGAAGCGGACAUAGCAAUUGCGCCAAUGACAAUUACGUCUGAGCGUGAACGUGUAAUAGAUUUUAGUAAACCAUUCAUGUCACUUGGCAUUAGUAUAAUGAUUAAAAAACCGAUAAAACAAAAACCUGGGGUUUUUAGUUUUUUAAAUCCACUCAGCAAAGAGAUUUGGGUCUGCGUUAUUUUUUCAUACAUCGGAGUCUCUAUUGUGCUCUUCAUCGUUUCCCGAUUUUCGCCAUAUGAAUGGCGAUUGAUACAAUUAAAUUCUGGUGGAGAUCCAUCGCUUGUAGGCAGAGGUGACCCGAAUCUACAGCAUCCUCAUCCAACGCAAACGUCACUUCAUUCGCAAAAUCCGUGUAUGGCCAAUGACUUCAGUAUUCUCAACAGCAUGUGGUUUUCUUUGGGAGCUUUUAUGCAACAAGGCUGCGAUAUUUCUCCAAGAUCAAUGUCCGGUCGUAUUGUUGGGUGUGUCUGGUGGUUCUUUACAUUGAUAUUAAUAUCAUCGUACACUGCUAACUUGGCAGCCUUUUUAACUGUCGAAAGAAUGGUAACACCUAUUAAUUCACCCGAAGAUUUAGCUGCACAAACUGAAGUACAGUAUGGUACCUUACAAUAUGGAUCUACAUGGGAUUUUUUUCGGAAAUCACAAAUAAGUUUGUACAGUAAAAUGUGGGAAUAUAUGAACACACAUAAGCAUGUAUUUGUUGAUACAUAUGACGAGGGAAUAAGAAGAGUGAGACAGAGUAAAGGAAAAUAUGCAUUAUUAAUAGAAAGUCCCAAAAAUGAUUAUAUAAAUGAACGUGAGCCUUGUGAUACUAUGAAAGUUGGACGAAAUCUUGACGCAAAAGGAUUCGGUGUUGCCACACCUAUUGGUUCACCUUUGAGAGAUAAAAUAAAUUUGGCAGUACUGUCGUUGAUUGAAAGCGGUGAACUGGCUAAAUUAAUGAACAAAUGGUGGUUUGAUAGAACUGAGUGUCGUCAUGGAGAUAAACAAGACGCACGAAAUGAACUAUCGCUAAGUAAUGUUGCUGGUAUAUUUUAUAUACUUAUUGGUGGAUUGUUGUUAGCACUUGCUGUUGCACUUGUUGAAUUUUGUUAUAAAUCACACACUGAAGCUACUCGAGCCAAGAUUUCAUUAUCAGACGCGAUGAAAGCUAAAGCACGAUUGACAAUUGGAGGUGGUCGCGACUUCGACAAUGGCCGGUAUUACGCCCCGGCGAACGCGAUUGGGAAUACAGAGGGCGACCAGGUGCACAGCAAUACUCACACACAAGUGUAAGCCCCUGGUACACAGCACCAGCGGGAAGCAGUGACGAAACGUCGGAUCCAUCGCCGUCGAUAUCGUUACCGACGCCGCCAC